GUGGUCACGUGAGGACAUAGCUAAACAGUCACAUGAGGUUUUGCUAGACGCAGCAAGAAAUCUCAAAACCCGUCUCUUUUUUCCAUUCUAAUACGUAAACUACACAUUUUUCAUUUGGUAAACUAAUCCACAACAAACCGUUUGACUGGAAAGUUUGCCCUUUGCAGUCGCAGUCCAUGGAGGAAGAGGGGAGAGAGGGUGAAGGAGCAGAAUCUCAAGAUGAACAGAGACAAAGUGAAGAUGCCCCGUCAGAGCAGGACCCAGAGCCGCCUCCAGAGCCGGUUCUUGAGGACAGCAUUUGUGUGGACAGAGGAGCUGUGGAAAGACUCACAGAGGGGCUGCUGUCUCACUAUCUGCCUGAUCUGCAGAACUCCAAGAGAGUCCUCCAGGAGCUCACACAAAACCAGGUGAUUUUACUGGAGACUUUGGACCAAGAGGUGACGAAGUUCAGAGACUGUAACGCUCUGCUGGACCUCAACGCUCUGUUCACAGAAGCCAAAAUCUACCACAACAAACUGGUGAACAUCAGGAAAGAGAUGAUCAUGCUUCACGAGAAAACGACAAAACUAAAAAAAAAAGCUCUGAAGUUGCAGCAGCAGAAGCAGAAAGACCUUUUGGAGAAGGAGCAGCAGAGGGAGAAGGAGCUGGAGAGAGAACGGCAGCUCACAGCCAAACCAGCCAAACACAGCUAAAGCAUUUACCUGUCAAUCAAUCAAUCAAGCAAUCAAUCAGCAUCUCUCUAUCUGUCCUCGAGGGGCAGCUCAAGCAAACAGAGCUGAACGACACAAGAAACGUUUGCCUGGUAAAUCUAGAAUGAUCUGUAUUUUUUAUAUAGAACAUGUCAGGUUACCUCGGUCUCAAACAUCAGAUUUUUAAGUUUUUUUUUGGUUUUUUUUCAUUGAUUCAUGUGACUCAUUUACAAACCAAAUCUAAUAUAUCUCACCUCAGAUUGACAAAGUUCAGGUUUCACUCAUCGAUUCUGUAGAAAUCCUCCAUGUUUUUCAGUUUUGCGGGAUAUUUUUCCAUCUUAUAAGCUGCCAUGUUUGUUUUGACACAUGCUUGUCCCCGAUUGGCCAAUCCACCUGUCAAUCAUGUCCUUCUGAAAACUGAGGGAGAUUCACCGGUGACCAGAAUCACAUUUAUAUAAAGUAUUGAAGAAAUGUGUGUUCUGAAUCCCAGGCAAUAACAAUAAUAGAUUCAGUGUCAGCGCAGGUUGAGGAGAAUAACAUCCCUCAGAACAAAAGUGUCCCUCCUCUGUGUCCUGCAGCAUCACAGCAGCCUCCAGGGGGAGCUACAAUUCUAGAGACACAACUGGAAAGCCUCUUGUAGCCUCACUCUCACUCCGCUCUGUUAUUUCAGUCAGUGAUAAGACGGGCCUUUCUCAAAAUACAUGACAACACUGUAUUUUAAAAUCUAUUUAUUAUCUUAUAAUUUGCAAACAUGUAAGUGCUUAACUAGUUUUUAUUCAAGUCGAUUUUAUUUAUAUAGAGCCUUUAAAUACAACUUAAGAUGCCCAAAGUGCUUCGCAUAAAAGUAAACAAAAAAUGAACAAACAGAUGACACUUUACCGUAUUUUCCGGACGAUAAGUUGCAAUAAUUUUUAUAGUUUGGCUGGUGUGUGACUUGUACUCAGAUGCGAUUUAUAUGGGAAAUGUUUUUUUUCUUCAUUAUUAUAAAUUUUUUGGCUGGUGCGACUUAUACUCCAGUGCGACUUGUACUCCGGAAAAUACAGUACAUAUUAUUAUUAUUAUUAUUACAUAUUACGCAUUUAUUCUUUGCGUUACCUUAUUAUUCUAACGCCUUCUCCUAAAUAAACCCCUUAGUGCUGCGUAUUUGUGUGACUUUAGGACAUUUUUGCACAUGAAAUCCUAACAGGCUUUUGGUCGUAAGAGUUUUGUUAAGGGCUAGUACCAGAAGAACUGUAGUUUUGACCCCAUUUACGCUUAAUGAACGUAGCUUAGUCUUAGGUAACAAGUUUAUCAAUGGGAAAGAGUUUGUAAUGUGUGAUUAGCAGCGGAGUGGGGUCAUGCAGAAAAAUACAUUUAAAAGAGCUGGAGUAAAAGAAAUAAGCAUUGAAUUUAUGUUUGGAUUGGAUUGGAAGUUGUUGAAGUGUUGCUAUAAACAUGAUCAGUCAGAAGUUUGGACACAACCCUUUCAUUCAAUGUUUUUAUUUCUUUUUUUUUUUUUACUACUUUCUACAUUUUAUAUAAACACAGAAAACAUCAAAUAUGUGAAGCAAGAUGUAUGGAGUUAUGUUGUAAAGAAAAAAGUCAAAUAACUCAACUAAAUAUGUUUUGUAUUUGAUAUUUAAACCGUCAAAGUGUCUUCUCUUUGCUUUGUGGAGCUCAAGACAUGACGUAAGUGUAAACAGGGUCAAAGUAAAGUAAAAGGUGGCCAUUUUUAAUUAUUUUAAAGUGCUCAUAUGACGCUAUUCUCUGAUCGGUUCUAAUGUCGUUUCCUCUUCACAAACAGACCUGGAGUUUUUUGUUUUUGUUUCAUUCACACAUGUUUAACACACAAACAAACCUUUAGAUUUAGGCUGAUUUCUUCUCUCAAACGGAAAACACUCUGUUCCACCUUGUGAUGUCAUCAUGUGGUGACACAGGAAGUGCUCCAUUGUGUUUUUUAAACUCCACACACCUUCAUUUCUAGAAUUUGGAUCAUUUCAGACCUGGAAUUGCUACUUUUCUCUACUGAACUAAAGGUAAAAGGAGCUGUUCACUUGAAAACUACCACUUGAUGACAUCACAAGGUGGAACAGAGCGUUUUGAGUUUUGGAGAUGUUACCGACUAAUAAUAAAGUGUUACUCAAACAUGUGUGAAUGAAACAAAACACAACUCCAGGUCUGUUUUUGAGGAGGAAACAACAUAACAUCACAAGAGUCAGUUUUGCGUAAUAUAUAACCUGUAAUAUAAAACAAGUUUGGAGUUAUUUUGAGUUUAUACUUUGUUUACUACGUUCCACAUAGUUUGGAUGCUUCAGGGAGAAACUACCACGUGAAUAAUCAUGGAAGGAAAUGAAAUAUUAAUACAAAAGUGUGUCCAAACUUCUGAGUGGUAAACGGUUCAAACAAGCCAGAACUCACCAGAAUCUGCCAAAAAAAACAUGCCAUUGCAUCUUAUCAACGACUUUACAUAAUUAUAUGAACGGUCUAGAAAGAACGUGCUGUCAUUAGGGCUGGUUUCACAAAUUAAAGCUGCAGCAUUUAACUUUUCAACUUACCGUAUUUUCCAGACUAUAAAUUACACUUUUUUUCAUAGUUUGUCCAGGGAUGCAAUUUAUAUGUGAAAUAUGUUUUUUUCCUCGUUAUUAUCAAUUUUUUAGCUGGUGCGACUUAUACUCCGGAAAAUACGGUACAUACUGUGCAAAGACUCGCCAACUUUAGUCUAUUUAUUACCAAAGCUACCGCUGCCUUUUUAGUAUUAUGAACAGAGCUGCUUUGUUUCUGUGACAAUUAUCAAAUGAACAACCUGCCAACCCGAACGCUUUGCCUAAAAUGUUUAAUGUUUUGCAAAAGAAAUUUCAUAUCUGCUGUUUUUUUUACAUGCGACAAAGGACUUGGAUGAUGUUGGCCUUAAAGAGCGGAAAGGUAUUUAGCAUUUAGCAUUUUAGCCAAUCUUUGUACGCCAUAGGAAUAAUGUUAAUUUAUAUGUGUAGUUUUAGUAUUCUGCUCGCCAAACGUGCUCAGAGCUGUCGCAUUUUAAAGACACGGUACUAUUGUUUCAUACUGUGACCAAUGUUAUGUUCUGUUUUUUUUUUUGUUUUUUUUUUAGAUUGAAUGAAAAUUAUUGUCUAAAAAAUACCUCUGUGCGCUGAUAAUCUAGAGGUCAAUGGUUUUUACGUUUAAAAGCAGCAAUCAGACAUGUCCAGUGUAUCUGAGAAUAUAAAGUAUUAAGUAAUAAUGGGAUAUUUCAGUAUUUUAAUGUGCAGUUUUUGUUCUGUCCACCAGGUGUCAGCAGCAACACACAUUAAGAUUCUUACAGGUGCAAUAUGUAACCAGCUUGUCUCCAUGGAGAUGUUGUUGCUUUGCCUGAAAUGUUCCACAAUAUGACAUUAACCUACCUUUCUUGCAUCUGUUCAUUAAAGCGGAUCUAUAAUGUUCAGAGCUUU